GCUAUUCGAAAUACUGAGGGGAAGGCAAGUCUCGUGACCUCUUUUUUCACAUACCAGUGUAUUACUGGCCAGUAAAAUACAUGAAUGUAUAACGCGUAUCACACAAAAAUGCAUUGAAAGAUUAUCUAUCUGACAUGCAAUUUUCAAAGCGCAUGCGAGUCACCUUGCACAGCAGUGUCACAGCACAAAAGACACGAAGACCUUUGACAACGCUUGGUUCUCAGACCGGUGUGUGUCCGGCUCAAGUAAAAAAAAUGUCCUUGUUUGUCUUGGUAAUCAUUGCUGUUUUGUGGCAGUGUCAUACUGCCUCUUCACAAGAGGACAGUGGACAUUACAUUGCUGCUGUUUAUGAGCACAGAGUGAUUCUGAACCCGAACCCCAGUGAUGUGUGCAGCCGGCAGGAAGCGCUGGAGCACAUGAGCAAAAACCUGGAGAUAUUUGAAGAACAGGCAACUGAGGCAGCUAAACAAGGAGCUCAGAUAAUUGUGUUUCCAGAGGAUGGUAUCCAAGGCUUCAACUUUACAAGACAGUCUAUUCAAGGGUAUGUGGAAUCUAUCCCAGACCCCAAAUCAGUGACAUGGAGCCCCUGUCUACAUCCACAAAGGUUCCCUAACACAGAGGUUCUACAUCGACUAAGCUGUAUGGCAAGAAGUAACAGAAUGUACUUGGUAGCAAAUAUGCCGGAUCAGCAAGAGUGUAACCACAGUGAUCCACUUUGUCCUCCCGAUGGAAAAUACAUUUUCAAUACUGACGUGGUCUUCCGUGAUGACGGGACGCUGAUUGCCAAGUAUCACAAACAAAACUUGUAUUUUGAGGCAGCUUUCGAUACCCCACCAGAAUAUGAGCAUGUCACAUUUGACACUCCAUUUGCUGGGAAGUUCGGCAUCUUUACUUGCUUUGACAUACUCUUUUACGAGCCUAGCAUAACUCUAAUAGAAAAGUAUAAGGUGAAGCAAAUCGUCUACCCCACUGCCUGGAUGAAUCAGCUGCCACUACUGUCUGCUAUUCAGAUACAGCAGUCAUUUGCAACUGCAUUUGGAUUAAACUUUCUGGCAGCCAAUAUUCACCGUAUUGACUUGAAUAUGACGGGUAGUGGCAUAUAUACCCCUUCACACUCGGUUCACUACUAUGACACAGAUACUGAAGAAGGCAGGCUUCUAGUGACCAAGGUUCCUGUGCUCACAAACAGUGGCGGUGGCUCUUUCAAGAGCAAUGUCUGGGAUGUUUCCAGUGUGCAGUCCCAUCCACAAUCUUCAUUCUGUGUAAACAGAGACCAAGAGUGCGGUGGACCCUUGAUACCAAGACUAGAAUCUGCCCAGGCCCCUUCCAGCACCUUCCAUGCAAUAAUGAUGUAUGAUAAUUACACGUUUGUCCCUCUUGUCGAAACACAAGGUGACUUGACAGUAUGUGAUGGCUGUUUCUGCUGCCGAGUCACAUAUCAACGUACCAACGCUAUCAGUGAGCUGUAUUCCCUCGGUGCUUUUAAUGGGCUGCACACAGUCCACGGUAUUUAUUACCUGGAGGUGUGCGCCCUGGUCAAGUGUGCUGACUCAAGUUGGGAGAGCUGUGGAGAAGGAGUCACAGAGGCUGAAAGCAGUCUAGAUUUCCAUUUACAGGGUAACUUUACUACCCCUUAUAUUUUCCCGCAGAUACUGGCUAGUGAGAUGCAGCUUGCCACUCCAGACAGCACAGGCUGGGACAGCGGCAGCUACUUCAUGAGUAAGAAAGGCAUGUCUGGUGGGCUUGUAACUGCUGCUUUGUACGGAAGGGUUUAUGAAAGGGACCAUAAACCGGUGUGAAAUAGUUCAAUAUACUGUAGGUUAUUAAAAAAAAAUGAUGUAUAUAAUUAAACACAAACUCAUUUUCCCUUCUAGUAACACAGUUCUCAAAACUGGCACAAGGCCACUGGCUUCUGUCAAGUCACCAUGACAGCUUCCCCUCACAGCUCUGGAAACACUUCCUGCUGUCUUCAGUCCUGGGCACCACUGCUUCUUUUCCCUAUAUUUAUGAAUUGGGGUUCGAUUUAAUCAUUAUGUGAUGGAAAGUACGUAUAGUGGUCCAGUGGUUAAAGAAAAGGGCUUGAUACCAGGGGGUUCCUGGUUCAAUUCCCAGCUCAGCCACUGACUUACUCUGUGUGAUCCUGAGCAAGUCGCUUAAUCUCCUUGUGCUUUGGAUGAGAUGUAAAACCGAGGCCCUAUUGUAAGUGACGCUGCAGCAGCAGUUGUGAUGCAUAGUUCACCCCCUAAUCUGCUAAAUCACUAAUUCAUUAAUUAAUAAAGUAUUAUUGCUUUAGGAUGCACAUUACAAAUCCUGUUUGUCAAAAUUACAGGACAUCUUAUCCUGUGUACAAAUGUCAUGCUGUGCACAGAACAUACAGCUUCAUUCAAAAGUGAAAAAACACUUUUUUAUGUUUCCUGUCUAUUAUAUCAGUUUCUUUGAUUUAUACGAUAAUGUUGCAUGUUUGGUGUCUUUUAUUUAUAAGAGAUCACGCUGAUACAAAAUGGAUCCAUAUUUAGAAUAGCAUUUAGCAAACAUUCUACAUGACACAAGCCAGGUUUUGAGCCUUUUCCAAACAACAUUAGUAUAAUGAUCUAAUUAAAUCAGUUAUAUUGUAGUGAUGAUAAAAAGCCAUAACAAUUACUUAACAAAUGUUUCUUGUUUAUAAAAAAAAAAAAAGGCUUCACUAACACCUAAUCUGAAUUUGCAUAAGAAAUGUGUUUUCAAGCAUAUGAUCCACUUAACCCAAGUAAUUUGAUUUGAAGUAGUUUCUACCUUCUGAGUUGGCAUGUGUUUUGUUUUUUUAUAAUUACCCCUAGACGCAUUAUGUAGCUAGUUUAUUGUGCACUGUACUUCUUAAAUAAAGGGUUUGUUUCAGACAGCCCCCAUCACGCUUGCAUCUGUGUUUCCAGAGAAUUAACAUCUGAAGGCAAUUAUUUUGCAGAGGGGCUCAAUAUAAAAAAUAUCAGUCACAUAUAAUGGUUCUUAUAAUGUUGCUCUGAGCCACUGUAAAAAAAAGAUAUACUAUAUAAUAAAAAAAAGAAGUGUUUGUGAGAAUAUAAUGCCCCGGUGAAGCAGUAUAAUGAAGGGCUUUGUGACUAGUCCACAUCACGGUUUGAAUUGCUGCAUUCAACCUUAACUUCACAAACACUAAAUCAAAAGUAAACUCUUUACCAGUGUCUCCACAUUAUGAAGCUGAUAGAGAUAUGUUGUUGAAAUGUUGGUCUGUGUGACAUUAUUUUUUUCUUUUUUUUUAGAGUGUUCCAUUAUUUUGUUAGGGCAGCAGUGUGGAGUAGUGGUUAGGGCUCUGGACUCUUGACCGGAGGGUCGUGGGUUCAAUCCCAGCUGGGGGACACUGCUGCUGUACCCUUGAGCAAGGUACUUUAUCUAGAUUGCUCCAGUAAAAACCCAACUGUAUAAAUGGGUAAUUGUAUGUAAAAAAUAAUGUAAUUGUAUGUAAAAAUAAUGUGAUGUCUUGUAACAAUUGUAAGUUGCCCUGGAUAAGGGCGUCUGCUAAGAAAUAAAUAAUAAUAAUAAAUUUA